AUCCUAUGGUUGGGAUUACUAAGUGAAUGUGGCUGCACAACGCUGACAAUCAGGAUGAAGGCUUCAGUGGAUGUUGAUCUAUAUUAAGGAGUGAACAUGCAUUCUGAAAUUUCUGGGAUGGAUUGGAGGGAUACAGAUCUAAAUGAAGAUUAUAAAUCUCCUUUUGAUUUCAAUAGUGGAGUUAACAAAAACUAUCUCUACCUGUCACCUAGUGUAAACAUUUCACCACCUGGAUCACCUGUACAGAAGAAUUCUGGUUUGCUGAGCUCAGACACAGUAUCUGAGGUAGGAGAAGAUGCUGCUGCUACCGUUAAUAUGACAGAAAAUCUUUCUGAAGAAGAACAGGAGGAACUAAGAAAAGAACUUGCUAAGGUAGAAGAGGAAAUCCAGACGCUCUCACAGGUGCUAGCUGCCAAGGAGAAGCAUCUAGCAGAGAUCAAGAGAAAACUAGGAAUCAAUUCACUGCAGGAACUGAGGCAGAACAUUACCAAAGGCUGGCAAGAUGUGACUUCUACUUCAGCAUAUAAGAAGACAUCAGAAACCCUGUCUCAGGCUGGGCAGAAGGCUUCUGCUGCUUUUUCAUCAGUUGGCUCAGUCAUCACAAAGAAGCUGGAAGAUGUGAAUAUACGCUCCAUACAACAUUCAAUUAGCAUGCCUGUUAUGAGAAAUUCUUCUACUUUCAAGUCAUUUGAAGAAAAGGUUGAAAACUUAAAGUCUAAAGUUGGAGGAGCCAAGCCUGCUGGAGGUGACUUUGGAGAAGUCUUAAACUCAGCUGCCAAUGCUAGUAGCACAGAAACUAUUACAGAACAGAUACAGGAGGAGACCCAGUGAGAUUCCUGCCUUUGUCCUGCUACUCACUGCCAGAUGCUGCAAGCAAAAACUAAGCACAUUUGUAAUGUUCUUCACUGUCUGUUUCCACUAGAUGUGCUUUUACUUAGCACUUAGCUUUAUAUCAAUUUGAUAAAAUAGCUUGUUUGUGGGUUUAAAAUAUUUUUGGAACUAAAGUAGAUUGUAUAAGCCUGGCUUUUGGGGGGAAGGGACAUUUUUAUGCUUUUCAAGUACUUAAAGGAUAUAUCCCUGAUUUUAAAGGCAAUCUCUAAAAUGUUCUUUGAAAAACUUUAGACAAACCUACUAAUACUGUACAUAUAGUAUGUGGAUCAUAACUUCCUUUUGGAUGCUGUGAUUAUUAGCAAUUCUCUUCACUUAUAAGAAUUGGCAUUCUACUUUUACUGCCAACCUGAAGGUUUACUUCACUCCUUCGGUGGUCUCAGUGCAACAGUUCUCUAAAUUGGACAUCACACUUGGAAGAUUACUCCAAGCUGCAGAAAAAGGAUUUCUGCUUCAACAUUAUGAAUAACAUCACUAUAGCAGGUUUCCACAAGUGUGUGUGUUAAUCUAAACCUGUUGAGUCCUAAACUGCAUUUGGUGCAUGUGGGGCAAAGGACAUAAUCCUAACUAGCAUUCAGACUUACUGACUUCUCUGUGGGUCCUGUGACCAGACUUAAUAUCCUAAGAGUGGGUUUCUCAAAGUGCUCCAAAUGAAAGGGAGAUACUUAAUGCUGCUGGUCUAGUAUCUGAGCCAGGUUGUUUACCCCAGUACACUAUUUUGAGUUCUUUACUUGAUGCUUUAAUGCCUGAAUUAUUCUGCUGUGGUAAAAUGGCAGUCACUGUAAUAAUGGUCUCCAGUGGUGGUGAUUCUAAAACUUCUAUUCUGGUAUUAAUAUUGAAUCUUACACUAAAAACAUGGAGUGAAGAUGAAAUGUUAACACAUUCCUACAGCUCAGAAUGUAGGAAUAUGGCUUUAUGAACUUGGUCUCGGAUGUCUGCAAAAAAAAUUUCUAACAAGUCAUUACUGAUUAAUUCCCAUAACUGACUUGGAAUUAAAUGUUUGGUUUUUUUAAAGCCUUUCACCAUGCUGUAGUAAACUUGCACAGCAUUUGCAGGCAAGAGUCAUUGCUCUAGGAGGCAGAGGACCUUUGAGAUGUUUAGAGCAUGAAAUAGUUUGAAGUGUCUUGUCCCAAGUCGUUUUUUUAGAGGCUUGAAAAUUAGCAAUACUGUUUGCACCCUGGAGACUCCACUCAUGUAACUUUACCUAUAUCAAAGCCUAUAGCAGACCUUGUAAGAGGGCUAUGUUGCUUUAGAUGUUGACUAUAUCCACUUUAUUUACUUUGGAAGUUGCUUGUAUUAUGUACAUAUCUGGCACAUGUUGGUCGUUAUCAAAUUGUAACUUAUGCCAAAUGUCUCAUCACUGAGCUUGGAAUGAACUGGAAGCGAUUUAAAAAAACUAACUGCAAAAAUCUGUCUUAAGCAAGUUGAAUUCCAAAACCACUACACAAUUUUCUUUAGACACCAUUGUACUGCAUUUCCGAUGAGCGCUUUGAUAGCACUUCACCUCUAGUGACUAUGCUGUUACAUGUGAGCAGCUUAAUAAAAUCCUAUACAUGA